CUAGAAAUUGCCGCCCCACAACCAUCACUCUUCACCAUUUCAAAUUUUCCUACUGCCAAACGUCAACUUCCCUCUCCACUAGACUCGCUCACUACUACCUACCUCUAGGGUUUCCACGUCUCACCACCAUGCUCCAUCUCCUCGUCCGCCACCUCCACCGCCGCUCCCGCCGAGUGCUCCUCAUCCACCACCGCAAACUCUUCUCCACAACCUCAACUUCAGAUCCAUCACCAUUAUCGUUUCCACUCUCUUAUCCAACCUUUUUAAUUUGGGGCUCCAACACUUCCCUCGGUAAAACUCUUAUCUCCACCGGCCUCGCCUCCUCCUUCCUCCUCUCCUCUCCCGGCACUCGUAAAUUCCUCUACCUUAAACCGGUUCAAACCGGUUUCCCUUCCGAUUCUGACUCUCAUUUUCUGUUCACAAAACUUCACUCUCUCGCUUCCCGCCGUACUUCUCUCCCUUUCUCUCUCUUCUCCUCGAAUUCCGUCCUCAAAUCCUCACUUCCCGCCGCCAAAUCUCACCUUUCUCUAGAUUUCGACGCCAAUGAAUUCAAAUUUAAAUUUGGAAUGUACGAUUUGAACUUCCGUGAAGAGAACAAGGCGUUAAGUAACGACGGAGGAGGAGCUGAUAAUUCGGAGUUAAUUUGUAAAACCUUGUUUGCAUGGAAUGACGCCGUUUCUCCACAUUUAGCAGCGGAGAGAGAGAAUGGAGUUGUGGAGGAUGCUGCUGUUUUAGAGAGUUUAAAAAAUGAGCUGGAAGUAAUUAACAAAGAUAAAAAUGGAAAAUUCGAUUCUUUUUGUAUUGUUGAGACUGCUGGUGGUGUUGCUAGUCCCGGUCCUUCUGGUACUUUACAGUGUGAUUUGUAUAGGCCUUUUCGGUUCCCUGGUGUACUUGUGGGAGAUGGGAGGCUAGGUGGUAUUUCGGGAACAAUUUCUGCUUAUGAAAGUUUAAAACUUCGAGGUUAUGAUAUUGUUGCUGUUGUUUUUGAAGAUCAUGGCCUUGUCAAUGAGGUCCCACUACUCUCAUAUUUGCGUAAUAGGGUGCCUGUGAUAUUACUGCCACCUGUUCCAAAAGAUAUGUCAAAUGACCUGGUGGAAUGGUUUGCGGAUUCUGAAAAGAUUUUUAAUUCCUUGAAGGAUAUAAUGGUAUCUGAUUUUUUAAAGAGAACAGAAAGAUUGAAUGAGAUGCCGAAGAAGGCAAGAGAUGUCUUAUGGUGGCCAUUUACUCAGCAUAGACUUGUACCAGAAGAAACUAUUACUGUUAUUGAUUCAAGGUGUGGAGAGAAUUUUGCAGUAUACAAGGCUCAAAAUAAGUCCAUAACUGAACAGUUUGAUGCAUGUGCUAGUUGGUGGACCCAAGGGCCUAAUGCUACUCUACAGACUGAGCUUGCCAGAGAUAUGGGCUAUGCUGCAGGAAGAUUUGGCCAUGUAAUGUUUCCUGAGAAUGUUUAUGAACCAGCUUUAGAAUGUGCAGAGCUUUUGGUUGAGGGUGUCGGCAGAGGCUGGGCUUCUAGGACAUACUUUUCAGAUAAUGGGUCAACAGCGAUUGAAAUUGCCCUGAAGAUGGCGUUUCGUAAAUACUUUGUUGAUAAUAGAAUCCUUUUAGAUUCAGCCAAUAACGAUACAGCUGAACGGUGCAUCGAUUUAAAGGUAUUAGCUCUUAAAGGGUCUUACCAUGGUGAUACAUUGGGAGCUAUGGAAGCGCAAGGGCCAUCAUCUUAUACAGGCUUCCUUCAGCAACCAUGGUACACUGGAAGAGGCCUUUUUCUAGAUCCUCCUACAAUCUUUAUGUGCAACAGCAUAUGGAAUCUUACCUUACCUGAUGCAAUGCAUUCUCAAACUGAAACUGAUAAAGUCAUGGCGUUUGGCUCGCGUGAUGAACUUUUUGAUAGGAGCAGGGACUCCUCAGAUCUUUAUGGAUUUUAUUCAUCAUAUAUAUCACAGCUGUUAUCACAAUAUUCAGGAUUAAAAGGAACUGCCCAUAUUGGAGCUUUAAUUAUAGAACCAGUUGUACAGGGUGCUGGUGGAAUGCUUAUGAUUGAUCCACUUUUCCAACGCGCACUUGUAAAUGAAUGUCGAAGUAGAAAUAUCCCAAUUAUAUUUGAUGAAGUUUUUACAGGUUUCUGGCGUCUUGGAGCAGAGAGUGCGUCAGAAUUACUUGGUUGUUUACCAGAUAUAGCUUGCUUUGCAAAACUGAUGACCGGAGGGAUUGUACCAUUGGCUGCUACAUUGGCCACAGAAGAAGUUUUUAAUUCAUUUAUUGGAGACUCUAAGCUCAAUGCCCUUUUGCAUGGACACUCCUACUCUGCUCAUGCUAUGGGAUGCGCAGCAGCCGCCAAAUCCAUUAAAUGGUUCAAAGAUCCCAGCACAAACCCUAAUAUCAUUUCGGAGCGAAGAAUGCUUAGGGAGUUAUGGAAUGGGGAACUGAUAGAACGAAUCUCAUCACAUUCUUCUGUUCAAAGAGUGGUUGCAUUGGGAACUCUAUUUGCUCUAGAACUACGAGCAGAAGGGAGUAAUGCUGGAUAUGCAUCACUAUAUUCGCGCUCGCUUAUUCUGAAGCUCCGUGAAGAUGGCGUUUACAUGAGACCUUUGGGUAAUGUUAUCUAUCUUAUGUGUGGUCCCUGCACGCCUCCUGAGACCUGCAGUCAACUGCUAAUCAAACUUCACAAAAGACUGGAGGAAUUUGAGCAAGUUAAGGAGCAUUAGGUAUCCUAUUAAUUAUGGGUAGUUUGUGUUUAGAUUUCUAAUUAAGGAAAAGGUACUUUUUUAUUCAGAAUCUUAUAUCAGGAGAAUCACUUCUGUUCAUGAUGUGCAAUCUUGCUUUUCUUUACUGUAGUAGUUAGUACCUUAGGGAGAGGUCUGUAACAGAAAUCUUUUAAUACUCUUAAUCGUGCAACCGGGCUUUGAGGCUUUUGAAAA